AUGUCGGAGCCGCUAAAUAUAAAAAACGUGACCAAGUUUGAUGGAACAAACUUCACUUUGUGGAAGUUCCAGAACGCGAUAUUUACCGUGCAUGAAUUAAAAAAAAUCGUCGAUGGCACGAAGACUGAACCUCGUAGAACUGAUUCCACGUGGUCGAAAGAAAACGCAAAGGCCGUGUUCAUAAUUUUGUCGACAAUGGAAUAUUCACAGCUUGCAUAUCUGAUAACGUGUAAUUCUGCGGCUCAAAUGUGGACGAAGUUAAUACAUGAACAAAAAACUGCAUCCAACAAGCUAAUGUUGAUGCAAAAAUUUCACGAGUACUGCAUGACAACAAACGAUUCAGUGUCGCAACAUGUUGCAAAGAUAGAAAAUAUGGCACGGCAAUUCAAAGAUUUCGGCGGACAAGUGUCGGAUGUCGCCAUAAUGGCAAAAGUACUCGGAAGUCUGCCUACAAAAUAUAACGCUUUAAUAACUGCAUGGGAUAGUGUUGAUCCAGCACAGCAAACUCUGAAUAGUUUAUUGGAACAUUUGUUGAAGGAAGAAGCACGCCUAAUAGCAAAUGACGACGUUGCAAGUGCACUUGCUGCCAUGAGUUUGAAUUUUAAGCAAAAUCCAGCUUGUUAA